AUGUCGCUGCUCGGUUACAUCGCCGCUGCAGUCGGAUUUUAUGUUUUUAUUUACUACACUUUUUUGCGAAGGACGAGAUGCAAGAGUCUAGUGAAGUUAUACGGAAAGACCGCUAUAGUUACAGGGAGCAACACUGGCAUAGGGAAGGCGACGGCUCUGGCCCUGGCCAAAAGAGGAGCUCGGGUGAUCCUGGCCUGUCGGAGUAGAGGGCGCGCCGAUGCUGCAGUCUACGACAUCCGCAGGGAGAGUGGGAAUCAGCAGGUUCUGUUCAUGGCUCUGGAUCUGUCCAGUCUGCAGUCGGUCCGAGACUUCGUCCAAACUUUUCUAAAAACGGAACCAAGACUUGACUUCCUCAUCAACAACGCAGGUGUGACGGGCGAAGGACGCACUCGGGAAGGCUUUGGGCUGGAGUUUGGAGUGAAUCAUUUGGGGCAUUUCCUGCUCACGCUGCUCCUGCUGGACAGACUGAAGCAGUGCGCCCCCAGUCGGAUUGUUACCCUGGCAUCGAUUGCCCACUACGGUGGACACAUAGACUUCUCCCUCCUCGACCAAACCAAAGACGUGGUCACACAGAGGAAAUUACUUAAGCGCUUCUGGGACUACAGCACCAGUAAACUCUGCAACAUGCUCUUCACUCGAGAACUGGCCAAUCGGCUCGAGGGAACCAACGUGUCCUGCUUCUCCGUGCACCCAGGUCUGGUUAGAACGAAGCUCACUCGAACCAUGUCUGGGUUGCUAGCAGCUGUGCUAUCCAAACUGUUCUUCCUGGAGCCAGAAGAGGGCGCUCAGACCACUCUGCACUGCGUCCUACAGGAGGGUCUGGAGCCGUUCAGUGGAAGGUACUUCUCAAACUGCACCUUGGCUCAGGGAUCGGCCAAAAGCAGAGACGACGCUUUAGCCAAGAAGCUGUGGGAGGUGAGCGAGCGUUUAGUCGGGAUCUGA